CUCUCUCCCUCUCACUCACUCUACUCCACACAUCCGCUCAGGCUCCCCUUAAAGGGCCUUGGCACCCAUUGUGUGCGCAGGCAGUUGUGCGUUUACUGAGUUCUGAGUCAGACUAGCCUUUAGCUUUAACGGUCUGUGGAAGAGGAGGACAAACACUUCCUCAUUAUCAGUUCUCACACAGCGUGAGGGGAGCGGUUACACGGCACACCAUCACUCCCAUCCCCCACAGCAGAGGCCCUGAGCACCACCUCCCACCAUCAACUCCACAAGCAGCCGUCAGCACAGCACUGCACCUUCCAGCACCUUCCAGAAGCUUCCUGAUUUUGAAAAAAAUCCCAAAAAGCCAAGGCAUUUCCAGAGACAUUCUUUCCACAGCAUUCCCAGCAGCAGCAGCAACAGCAGGUGGACGACGAGGGCGACGAGAGGAAAGGAGGAGGAGGAGCAGGAGGAGACGGAGGAGGAGCGUGCAUCUGGGAUUAGCCGCGUCACGCCCCAGCGUCCGCCAAAACGAGCCAGCCGAGGGAAAGGGGCCGGGCCAAGAGCUAGCCAGCGCUGGAGACCGUGAGCGUGUGCAGCACAACGCGACAGAGCACUGCUUCGCCUCGCUGACAGGGAGCAACACACGCAUGAGAGAAAGAGAGAACGGGAAGAGAGGAGGAUCUAAAGAGGCUACAAGAGGAAGAGGGAAGCCAUCGUGUGAACAGACCAGAGCGGCAAACACUGCGGAUACACUGACGAGUUCGUGAGAAGAAAGAAGAGAAGAAAGAGAGAGGGAAGGAGAGAGAGAGAGAGAGAAAGAAAGAGAGGCAAAAGCAAACCCCCUUCAGACGGAAACACCAUGUGUCAGGGCAGCCUGCAGCGGCAGUCGUCGGCGCGGAGCUUGGGGAAAUGGUGAGAUGCUGCCGGCCUUUGCAAAGCCGGCCGUCCUGCUACAACCUCCACAGAGUCAGGGUUGAUGUGCGGCGUCUCCGGCCGCUGGCCUCCACCGCUGCCUCCGCGAGGGGGGGCGCCGCGGGGGAGUCGGGGGCUGGCGGGGCCCAGGGGGGCGGCCCCGGUGCCAACCCCCGCAGCCGCUUCAGGUUGCAGUUCCCCCAGUUGGCCUUACGGCGACGCCUGGGCCAGCUGAGCUGCAUGUCCCGGCCCACCACCCGCCUGCGCUCAUGGCCGCUGUCCUUCCUCUACUACAUCCUGCCCUUCGCCGCGCUCAAGCCCCUGGCCAAGGUGGGCUGGCGCCCUACCAGUAGGGUCGCACUUUAUAAGACCAUUCCCACGCGGCUCUUGUCCAGGGCCUGGGGUCGGCUGAACCAGGUAGACCUGCCCACCUGGCUCCGGAAGCCGAUCUAUAACCUCUACAUCUGGACGUUUGGGGUCAACAUGAAGGAAGCGGCCGUGGAGGACCUGCACCACUACCGCAACCUGGGCGAGUUCUUCCGACGCAAGCUCAAGCCACAGGCACGGCCGGUGUGCGACUCCCAUUGUGUGAUCAGCCCAGCCGAUGGGAAGAUCCUGCACUUUGGGCGUGUGAAGAACUGUGAGGUGGAGCAGGUGAAAGGGGUCACAUACUCUCUAGAGACCUUCCUUGGGCCUCAGACGUUCGCUGAGACCAUAGCUCUGAACAGAAAUGAAGACGAUCCAUCGUCUUUUCAGGACCUCCUGGUGACAAAGGAGGGCAAUGCACUCUUCCACUGUGUGGUGUACCUGGCUCCAGGGGACUACCACUGCUUCCACUCUCCAACGGACUGGAGGGUGGCCCACCGGAGACACUUCCCUGGGUCCCUGAUGUCUGUAAACCCCGGCGUGGCCCGCUGGAUUAAGGAACUCUUCUGCCACAACGAGCGGGUGGUGCUCAGCGGGGAGUGGGCUCACGGCUUCUUCUCCCUCACCGCCGUGGGCGCCACCAACGUCGGGUCCAUCCGGAUCUACUUCGACAAGGAGCUACGCACUAACCUCCCCCGUUACAACAAAGGCUCCUUCAACGACUUCAGCUACGUGUCCAACAACAACCAGGAGGGCAUCAGCAUGCGCAAGGGCGAGCACCUGGGCGAGUUCAACCUGGGCUCCACUAUCGUCCUCCUGUUUGAGGCGCCAAAAGACUUCACCUUUAACCUGAAGGCAGGCCAGAAGAUCCGUUAUGGAGAGCCCCUGGGGACAAUGUGAGGCCUGCUGUACGUCGCAUGGCAUUGAGUCGAGUCCACAAAGACUGCCCGAGGAAUAUGGAUUGGGACACUGGACGUGUGUGUGUGUGUGUGUGUGCGUGUGUGUGUGUGUGCGUGUGUGUGUACUGUGUGUGUGUGUGUAUGUGUGUGUGUGUGUGUGUGUGUGUGUGUGUGUGUGCAGACGAGAGAAGAGGGGAAGGUGAUGUGACAAACAAAAAAAAGGACACUGAGAUUAACACAGAUUUGCACAGAGAGGUGUUACGAAUUACACUUUAGCUAAAGUUACUACACAUGCCGUUCACAGAUGCUGACACACACACACAGACACACACUCACACACACACACACACACACUUACACACUCACACAUUUACACAGAUACAUACACACACACUCCCAAGCCACCAUGGUUGCAUUAUAACCACUGGGACUCCCCAUCCAUUUUUGGAGGUUUUCUGUAAUCUGCUGAAAGCUUUUUUUGUUGUUGUUUGUGAAUUACACGCUUAAAGGAAGAGGAAAGACCAUCAAGGUGUUUUGGCUGUCUGGUUAACAUACAAAUGCCAUCCAGCUGUUUGGUUAACCUAUUUUUCUAUUUUCUUUUUUCCACCCAUAUUGCCUUUUUGUCUGGGGAGUAGGGGUUCUCUAUCUUAUGUGUUGAAGGAGGAUUGUCUGAGUUUGUCAGACGAAAUGAUGAAAGCAAAAAAAAAAGAACAGACCUCUUCACAGUUACUUGCAUGUGAAUAGGGCUCUAGCACUAACUCUCUAACACACAUACAAGUAUGUGGUAGAAAACCGAUCGGUGGAAUGUACCAUGCCGAGACAACCAGCCUUGUUUCAUUCUGUUCUUACCAUCUGUUAUUCCGUUUCCCUUCCUCCCUCGCUCCCGUGUUCCGCCGGUCACCCUUUCACCCUCCCUCCAUCCACAACACGGAGAGAACAGCUAACGGACCAUUAGGAAAUCAGCCUCCUUUUUUUUUUUUUUUUUUUUUUCAUGUUGUUGGCCUCCAUUUUUUUGUUACUUACUUUCCCAGACCGCAGCACUCUGCGUCAACUGAGAAAACUUUUCAAAGUUACCUCCGUGUUUUAGCAACCACCACUGCCAAAUGUAUUCGAUCUCUAGCAAUAGACGUGCAGGACUCUUUUGUUUUGUUUCCGUUAUCCAAACACAUAUUAUGUGAAAUAGGCCUGUACUAAAACACAAAACAUUUAUACAUCAACAGUUUACACGUGUAGGCCUAAAAGGGUGAAGGUGUAGCUCUGUGGAUGGUACUAAGCAAAAGUAGUUGCAAACGAUGGCUCUGAAAUGGAUGGGAAAAGAUUGGAUGUAUCGGCAAUUUUUGCAACAAUCUAGACAUAUGACAAAGUUGAGGCGACAAAAAUACCAAAAGUAUGGUUUGGUGCGAAGAAAAAGAAAUUGAUGUAAAACGUGGUUUACAUUAUUUAUCACUAUGAAUGAUUGAGAAAUUCAAAAGAAUCUAUUUUUCCAGAACCAUAUGAUGUUUUUGGGAAUGGCUUAUCUGCGUAAUGAUUGUUCACCUAGACUGAGGGCUUCAAUGUUCAAAAGGCUUAUCUUUUACCCGUCAUAUUUCACUGGUUUUCUUUUUUUUGUGUGUGGUGCCAAAAAAUGCCAGGGAUUUUUUUUUUGUUCUUUUCUUACUGUUUUUUGGUUUGUUUGUUACUGUUCUUUCCUCUUUUGGACACAUUGGAGCUCACUUUUGUAGUAACGACUUCACCCACAGUGGUGGCAGUGCGAGGGAGGUGGCCGAGCGGAUGGGAGCAAACUCCUGUCUGUCUCGGACAUUAUCGUUAGUAGACCUCCUGACUGACCCAGGCCCUCGCUGAACUCAGUGGGCCGGGACCGGCCCAGGGAGACGGGGGGUGCGGUGGUAUUGAGGAAUGUGAUUGGGCGGAAUGCAGAGUUCCGAACGCUAUGUUCUAUAGAAGUGUCGCAAACCAAAUGCCGGGCCCUAAGCUCUGGGUCCGGCCUGCGGCACGCAACUGUUUUUAUAUGUAAAUUGUAAGAUACUUGAAUCAUUUGACUCCUUUAACACUGCUUAGAUUUUAACGGCAAAGUAGUGCUAAAUGCAAGAAAUGUCAUUAAUAAUAAUUUUUUUGCGUAUUCUUAAUAAAAAUGUUGUUUGCAA